AUGUCAGACAACGGCCAAACAACUUUAUCUUCUGAUGAUCAAACAGAAAAAGAAACUAAAUCAGAUAGUUCAUCAUGUUCAUUUGGUGAUGUAAAUAAUACAUCGACAUCUGCCCGUUUAUUUGGUCAAUUUAAACAGAAUGGUUUUGGUUUUAACAGCUUAUCGCCAUCAACAUUUGGCCAAAUAUCAUCACGAGAAAAAUCUGAUGAUAAUCAGUCUCCAUCAUCGUAUUUUACAAGUACACUUUCGAAGAUUUCAUCACCUACAACUGGCGGGUUUGGUUCGCCAUCGACACCAUUAUCUUCAUCGUUUGUGUCUCUUGGUGCCAAUAAACCAUUAUUUGGUGGUUCAAGUGGUACAGCAACAAGUUCAUUUACAGAUCUAAAAACAACAUCAACAAAUUCAUUACAAAAUAAGACCGACGAUGAUGAAGAUAAAGAUGAAGAAGAUGAUAAUAAAGCUUCUUUAUUAGAAACAGUCGCUGAAUAUGAAGCUAAACGAGCAUCAACACAUCCAGCUACUACGAUCCAAGGCGAUACAUCAACUGGUGAAGAAAAUGAAAUAACGAAAUUUCAAAUGGCUGGUAAAUUAUUUAUGUAUAGUGGUGAACAGCAACAAUUUGUUGAACGUGGUUAUGGAAUAUUAAAAAUAAACGAAAGUCAUGAUCCGUCGGAUUGGGAUCGAUUACAAGCUCGAUUAAUUAUGAGACUCGAUAAAUCAUUUCGUGUUAUCCUCAAUACACCCAUUUUUCCAAAAAUGACUGUUGAACGAGUUACCGAUCGUUCCGUACGAUUUGGUGCUCAAGAUGAAUCCCAACUGCGAAUAUUUAUUAUCAAAUCUUCAUCAAGUGAUUGCAAUAAUUUAUGCAAAGAACUACAAUCACGAAUUCAGAUAAUUGAACGACAGCAAGUGCCAACACCAUCAAAUAUUAAUACAUCAACAAAUAGUAGCAAUACGAGUGUAUCAUCUGAUGUGGAUGCUCUCGACGAUUCGUCUCCUAAACGAAAUUCACCAAAUGGUCAACGAAAACGAUCUCACUCGAAAAGUGAUUCAGAUGCAUCAGAAAAAACAAAUGAUCUUUCGAAAAAAUCAAAGUUGGUUGAAGGAAAUGAAGAAAUCAAAAAAGAUGCCAAUCAAUCGACUAGUGAAGAUGACUCUGUUCAAGAAACAGCUAAUAGUUAA